UCUCUCUCUCUCUCUCUCUCUCUCUUCUCUUUCUUUCUCGCAUCAUCCAUCAAUGGCGUCGGAAGGCAUUCUCCUCGGCAUGGGUAACCCUCUCCUCGACAUCUCUGCCGUCGUCGACGAAGACUUCUUACAAAAAUAUGAUAUCAAGUUGAACAACGCUAUUCUCGCCGAGGAUAAGCACAAAUCUAUGUACGAAGAAAUGGCUGCCAAAUACAGUGUGGAGUACAUUGCUGGAGGUGCUACUCAGAAUUCAAUCAGGGUUGCUCAGUGGAUGCUUCAAGUGCCUGGUGCCACAAGUUACAUGGGUUGCAUAGGAAAGGACAAGUUUGGGGAGGAGAUGGAGAAGAACUGUAAACUUGCUGGUGUAAAUGUUCACUAUUAUGAAGACGAAAAUACACCUACGGGAACUUGUGCUGUUUGUGUGGUUGGUGGUGAAAGGUCACUUAUUGCCAACUUAUCAGCUGCAAAUUGCUAUAAAUCUGAGCAUUUGAAGAGGUCAGAAAAUUGGGCAUUAGUUGAAAAGGCCAAGUAUAUCUACAUCGCUGGAUUUUUCCUCACUGUAUCUCCAGAAUCCAUACUAUUAGUUGCUGAACAUGCAGCUGCAAAUAACAAGGUCUUCAUGAUGAACCUUUCUGCCCCCUUUAUAUGUGAGUUCUUCAAGGACGCACAGGAGAAAGCUCUGCCGUAUAUGGACUUUGUAUUUGGAAAUGAGACUGAAGCAAGAACAUUUUCUAAAGUUCAUGGCUGGGAGACUGAUAAUGUCGAGGAGAUAGCUAUAAAGAUUUCCCAGUGGCCAAAGGCAUCAGGUACGCACAAAAGGAUUACUGUUAUCACACAGGGUGCAGACCCUGUGUGUGUUGCUGAGGAUGGGAAGGUUAAAUUGUUCCCUGUGAUACUAUUACCUAAAGAGAAAUUAGUUGACACAAAUGGAGCAGGAGAUGCAUUUGUUGGAGGAUUUCUUUCACAAUUGGUGCAGGAGAAGCCCAUUGAAGAAUGCGUGAGAGCUGGGUGUUAUGCUGCAAAUGUUAUCAUCCUAAGGUCUGGCUGCACGUACCCAGAGAAGCCUGAUUUUCAUUGAGUGAUUCUCUCGAUUCUGUUACUGUUAUGAAGUUUUGAUUAUUGAGAAGGAUUUUAAUCGCAUUUUGGUUACAUGUUAUGUCUGAUGUAUUUGUAGUCCUACCCGGGCAUCAUUCCUUAUUUUGCUGUUUUUUUUACCACAACUUUUUUCUUUUAUUUUUUGCUUGCAUGUUAUCCCUUUAGAUAUAUAUAAAAUUCGUACGCACUUCAAAAUUGUGCUUACAGACGACGACGACCAUUGUAUGUUUUACGAAGAGGUUUUAAGUGCUUUGAGUUGUCAC